AUGGCGCAAGUAAUUCAGAUCGGUGAAGAGCUUCCAGUGGAGACCAUUGUAGCAGAAAAAUCUGUCGCCAAUCCGGUUCUCCUACAAGUUACGAGCCUUGUUGAUAUGAAUAAGAGAAUUGAUGCUGCAGAACCGGUGCAAAUCGUCAUUCCAGAUAAUACACCGACGUGUACUCAACCAAAAGCGGAGAGUCUUCGCGGUGGCGGUGGUAGUGCUAUCAUAGCUAUUGUUGCUUGUUUUCUACUUUUAUGCAUUAUGGGUCUCCUGAUUGGUACUAUUGUCGGUUUUACGAGUGGAAACGCAGCUGCUGGUAUCGGUUGCCUUGUAGUGUUGAUUCUCUGCUGUUGCGGGGGAGGUGGUGGUGGUGGUGCCGCAGCUUCUAGCGGUUAA